UUGUGGUGCUCUGGAUGGCAACAGAGGACAGGGAGAUGAUGGAAGCUCGGGGGGCAGGAGAAAGCUGCCCGACCUUCCCCAAGAUGGUGCCUGGUGACUCCAUGCCUGAAGGGAAGCCAAGGGCUUCCUCGGAGGCACAGUCCCCGAAGCCAGAUUCCUCCCAUGACUAUUCAGAGGAGAUGGAAACUUGUGAGGACGGAGGAAGCUACCCAGGGCCACCUAAGUCGCUGUCCCCCAAGGCCGGCCCUGCCACCAAGGGCCAGGCAGGUGAUGGACCCGAACCCCCAGAGUGGCUUCUGGCCACAGGGACUCAGCACAACGCCACCGCCACCAAGAUGGAGCUGGAGAAGAUGCGCAUGGAGUUCGAGCUCACGCGGCUCAAGUACCUGCACGAGGAGAACGAGCGGCAGCGGCAGCACGAGGAGGUGAUGGAGCAGCUGCAGCAGCAGGCAUCGCCCCCGCGGGCGUCAAGCCUGUUCCUGGGAGGCUUCCAGGACCUCAUGCUGCCCCAGAACCAGUUUGCCAUGUUCCUGUACUGUUUCAUCUUUAUUCACACAAUCUAUGUCACCAAGGAGAUGGUCUUCUUUCUGUUCUCCAAGCACUACCUGUUCUGCAUCGCAGCCAUUUUGCUCUGUUUCAUUAAAACUUUCUGGUCAUACUUCCAAGUGCCUUUGCUCUCUCCAUCACUGGGACCCUCCCCCCACCACACCUCCAUGCCGGAGUAUUAUCAGGACAUGAUCCGAGUUGUCCCCCAGCCUCCCUGGCACCUCCUCCCAUCACAUUGUGCCUCCCUCCAAUCAGAAUCUGCUUUUAGGGUGUCAGCCACUCACACCUGA